AUGUGGGGGUGGGGGUUUGCGCUGGGUCUUUUCUAAACGUGGGCGGUUUUCCCAACAGUGUGACUGCAAUCACCGGCUGAUUCACUCCUAAGCUCCCCAUCUCACCGACCAUGAAGAUCUGGACAUCGGAACAUAUUUUCAACCAUCCUUGGGAGACAGUCACCAAGGCUGCCAUGCAGAAGUACCCCAACCCCAUGAACCCCAGUGUGUUUGGGGUGGAUGUGUUGGACCGUAGUGUGGACACACGGGGACGCCUGCACAGCAACAGACUGCUGAGCGCUGAGUGGGGCCUGCCCUCCAUCGUCAAGUCGAUCAUUGGCAGAACACAGACGUGCACCUACAUCCAGGAACAUUCUGUAGUGGACCCCGUUGAAAAGACAUUCGAGCUUCAAUCUUCAAAUAUCACAUUCACUAACCUGGUGUCAGUGGAUGAGAAGCUUACAUACAGACCACAUCCUGAUGACGCAGAGAAGACGAUAUUGACUCAAGAAGCUCUCAUCUCAGUCAAAGGGGUUAGUCUGAGUAGCUACCUGGAGGGAGUUAUGGCUAGCACCAUCUCUGCAAACGCAGGCAAGGGUCGUGAGGCGAUGGAGUGGGUGAUCAGGAAGCUAAAUGCAGAGAUCGAGGAGCUGGCAGCCGCCGCCCGCGGCACCAUAAGGACUCCCAUGGCUGCUGCUAUGACUUCAGAGAAAUGACACCUCUACGUUCCCAGCUUCCAGCCUGGGGACAUUGUUCUUCUCCUGCGUCAGAACAGACUCCACCUCCCUUUUAGACUGCUCUGAUUCUCAUCAACUGGUCUGAAGUCUAAGCCAGCCAGGAAUCAGAUCUACAAGUUUGAUUACAAUUCAAGUACUGUAUUUAUUGUUGUUAUUUAAGUACUAACUGAAAUGAAGGGAACAACAGUUAUCCUAAUAUAUAUAUUUUAAAACAUUUUAUAGGCGAGGACCAUAUCAAAUGCUGUGUCUGUUGGAGUAGAAUCUAAAUAUGCUCUGUACCCAAGUUUGAGACUAGAGCCGGUCAUGUUAUCGGCAUGCACUAGCACUAAGUAAUAGCCUCAGGGACAGUGUCAAAUAUAGAGGACGGUUCAGCGAGUAACAACUUGGUUCUGUACUGAUCUUGUUGGACAGUACUAGCCUGUUGCCGGAGUUGGCAAGAGAGCACAAACAGAUCUGGGACCAGGCUAAGACCAUAUCAGAGGUAAUUGAAAAAAUCCUGGGGAUGCAAUCACCUGUCCCUUUAACAGACCGAACAAGAACAGUUGCAACAUGCUGCAUUUGAUACCGUUUUCCCUGCGGAAAGCUGCACCUAAAUUAAGAAUGGUAAGGCGUGGUUGGGGUUUUUCAUACUUGACAUUGACACAUUUAUUGAGUGAAAUCACUGACAAGGUGGAGUCAAAUGUGACUGGAAAGAAUGAACAGAUAAGAAACGAAUGGUUGCAUGGGUCCUCACUGAAUGUUACUAAUGGAUUGUUCUUCGAUGCCUCAGAAGUCUGACCCUAUGCCAGGACAAAAUGUCUGUUCUCGAAGUGUAAUGACCCCAACAAUGAAUGCAUUUUCUAACGCACAUACUGUACAGAAGAGAGGGGUCGUGCUCCGGGCCCUCCAGUAAUGUUCUGCAUUCUCUCCCAAGAGUCAAACGAAGUAUUUAAAUAAUAUAAAAUCACUGUUUUGGUUAAAUGUUAUGUAAUGCUAUAGCCUCCAGUAUGUUAUGGAAAUGUCUGCUAUGUUUGACGUAUGGAGAGAAUAUAUUAUUUAUUUUAUAUAUAUAUAUAAAGAGAGAUGAAUGUGUUUUUAAUUUGGUUGUAAACAGUGGUACUUGUUGUCUGUGGUACUUACUGCCUGGGAUAUCCAGUAUAUAUAUUGUAGAUCAUAACAACGCUGAGGAGAUCAAAUGCCUCUGCUACCAACUGUCUAAGGGCCGGUUUCCCGUACACAGAUCAAGCUUAGCACUGGACUAUUGCUAUGGUGUUUAAAAUCCAGGACUAGGUGUAAUCUGUGCAAACCGGACCUGAAUGUUAUGUCUUGGGUCUAUGGUGAAAACUUGUGUUGUCGAGGGCGAUACGGCAAGGAAAGAAAGAUGCUACAGUCAGUAGGUGUGAUGUAUGCAUUCCAAAAACCAUGCCGGUUUGCAUUCUCAAUACAAAUGUGUUAUGUUGCCAGUCAGUUCUAAUAUGCUUUAAAGUGGUAAUGUCAAAUAUUCUAGGUUUGUUAUUUGUCAAUGAAUGUUCUGUUCUGACAUGACCUGAUGUUAGAACAAAGGGACAUGUUGAUCGUUCUAAUCUUCAGACAUAUUAUGUGUAAGGAGUCAUUUAUGUGUGUUUUUUAUUUAUUUUACUCAUAGUUAGAAUAAAAUAUCUUAACUCUACACCUACACAACAAUACAACUUAGUUGGUGCUGAAGUCAUAAUGGAUUAAAAUGCUUCUGUAAACUCCAAGUUCCAAACGGUCAAACAGAAAUGUAGACCAGGCAUGUUGGUUUACAUUAAAAAAAUAAAGUCCUCUGAAAUAUG